UAAUUUCAAUCAUUUUUUAAAAAGGCUUGUUACUUAAGUGGAACUUUGUAUUCCUCUACACUAAAAUGAUUCACGGAAACCUCAUUUUUGCACUUCCAGAAUGACUUAAUUUUUGAAUCCCCAAAUUUUAACUUUUCUUCAUUUUCAAAGUGUGCUUUCAAAUGUAUGUGUUUUGUAGUAUGGCAGCUUGAACCAUAAAAGAUUAGUUUCCUUCUGUCUUGUCAUAAAAGCAGAGUGCUAUGACUUCAAAAUAUGAAUAAAAAGCAGGCAAAAUAUUGAAUGUGUGAGAAGAAAGAACCGCAGGAUAGGCUGUCUGUUGGAUUCUGUGAAUCUUGCUGAAUCAAUGGGUAUGAUAUGAAUACGAGGAUAAAAUUUAGGACAAAGCAAAACAGCGAUGAUAAUCCAAUGUUACAUGACUCAAGGUUAUCUUAAAGAUGACCUAAUAUGCUUAAAUCUUUGAGAAAAAUUUAUUUGUUAAGAAGAGAUUACCAGUUGACAACAAACAAUUGUUUCCAUCUUGUUCAAAUAUUAAUAUAACAAAUAUUACAAUAUUAUUAUCUGGCAGCCAGUUUCUAAUCAAGGUGUGACGGAUCUGGCUACAUGGAAUGGUCCAACAUGAAAGCGGGAUGGAUGUUGAGAAUUGAGGAAGUCAAGGAAAUCAAAGGAAAUUGUUGAGGAAGAAUUAGUUUUCUUCAGUUUUGUGAGAAAAUAAAAACAAAUUUAGUGCUGUUGUGCCUUGAAGUGCAUACUGAUGGGGAGCGAGUCAAUAUAUGUUGAAAGCUGCCUACUCUGCCUCAUCAUGUCCAUUGUCAAGUUUGUACCAAAUCCUUGUUGAUGAACUUCAUCUCCAAGAAAAUCUGCUUUUAAUAUAGGUGUUUAUGAAGCCUUUCAUAAACAAUUUAUGUGGGAAGGUUGCGUAAUAUCCACCCAAUUUAAACCAGGGUUGGUGGCUCACAACACAUGCUUGAUGCCAAAGAUAUUAUGGAAAAAUUAACUUUAUGUUUAAGUAAGGAACAAGCGUCUUAGAAAUGACCAGUCUGCAAAAUAUUUAGACUCAGCUUGUGCUCAUAAUUAACUAGCAAUUAUAACUAACAUCAUUGGUCCUAUUAAUUUCUGUUUUUAUUAUUUUUUCAUUUUCGAGAUGAAAAACGAACAGUGAAAUUUCAUCUAGAAUCCAAUUGUUUUCUAUCUUCUUAUAUCCAAUGGGAAAAAAGCGAUUCAAUAUCACAUGACAAGCUGAUCCUGACGAAGAAUGAAAACUCUGUAUUAGUGUUUUUCUAUUGUGAUUGAUAUGCUCGACAGUAAGAAAUUUCCCCCGUCAAUCAACAAAAAAAUCAGCUGGUCGAGAAAAAAAGAACUUAAUAACGAGCGAAAACGAUAGGCAAGGAUUAGCUCCUAGUUGGAACCGUUAAAUUGCGCUCACCUGACCCGUUUCAAAUGUUCACCGACCGAUAUGUUUGUAAAACACACCUGUUGUGAAGCGCUUGAUUCCAGUGUCGAUUGAAACACGCUGAGAAUUUUAAGCGACAGAACGCAUACUGAAGUGGUGGACCAAAUUGAUGGGCAAGAUCUCAACUCGAUGAAAAAGAAAAACUUCUGAAUAUCAGUGUCGAAAAAAUGGAAUGUAAAAAGGUAUGGCACAUUUGUUGAUCAUGGUUUUCAUAAACGCCACGGGGGACACAGGUAGAGCUGGAAACUCGAGUUGCAGAUUGUGCCUAUUGGCGGAAGAGAAUCAAAUCCUGCUGCACUUUCUAGCCCUUUCAAAGCCAACGAGAGUAUCUUGCAGUUUUUUUCUAAUGCUGCUGGCACUCAUCUCAAUAUACCUCAACAUAUCAUCAAUAUAUUUCAUUUUGCAUGAAGUCAGGCGUAGAACACAUGUCAAUCUACUUCUCUCUAGCCAAGCACUUGCAGACGCGCUAACAAACGUACUGGUAAUGCUACCAAUAUCGAUGAUAAUAUUACCAAAUUCAUCAUCAAGACCAAAUUACUAUAUCUGUAUUAUAAUAUCAUUUCUUGAUCACUGGUUCCAUUCAGUAACCAUGCUAAACCUCGCUGCCAUUAUAGUCGAUCGAUAUACAGUUAUCGUUCAAAGAAAACUCAGCGCAGUGACUAGGAGAACAGAGAAGUCGAUGGCCGCCAUAACUGUUAUUUGGCUUACGACUUUCGUGCUCGAUGUGUCAUAUGCCGUGCCUUUCUUACAGCAGGUUGAUUGGAUUUCCAUUGAAGCAUGCCCACACUGCAGCCCAUCGAAAAGCAUCUUCCAAUGGCUUGAUGAAUUUAUAAACAGAAUUAUACCGUUUUUUGUUAUAUUGUAUUGCUUUUCUAGAAUGAUCUUGUUGACGUAUAAAUCUAGGCACCGUGUUGGAGUAAAGAACGGUGUUGCAAACUGGAAGACUAUUCUUAUUGGAAUAUAUGCAAAAUCCGUUAACUCUUGCCUGGUAAUAAUGACUUUGUUCUUGAUUGGAACAUUCCCGGACCUGACAUUACUGAUUACUCUGAACUGGCGUUGGACCGUCGAUCUGAACACAUUGAUGUUUGCAACCUGGAUGCGGUUCACGAUGACCGCCAUCAAACCAGGGAUUUACAUGAUGCAGAGCCGCAAGUUUUCGAUUUGCUGGUGCUCUUCAUGUUGCCGUAAUGUGAACAUGACAACUUUAGUGACAUUGACAAAAAGACCAAGUACAUCUGUCAGACAGUCCAGUCAUCGUGAAAUGGUUUCUAAAGUCAGCUUUACAAAAGCCAGCGACCUUUUUUCUAUAAAGUUGCAGAUUGAUGAGCUAGAUGCAUCAAAAUCGAAUGGAUCAAAGACAGACGUGGCACAAAAAGUUUUUCAAGCAAGAAAAAACAUUCACAACCACUCCGAGAUCACCACGAGGAAAAAAUUGAUUGGCACAUUUGGCAAAGAUGCUUGACAAAGUGAACCUAAAAACUUAACUGUCCAUGGAAGCCAGAAGAGGUUGGACCCGAAUCAGGAAACUAGUUUUGAUUGUUAUGUUUCCAGAAUUCUUUCAAGUUUGCCAAAAGGAAAAUUGUCAAUACUCGAUGAGGAGCUUUUAGUAACUAAACACAACCUUGCCCAUCAAUCGAGUUAGACAUCAAGCUGACUUUGUUUUUUUGAAACUAAAUAAAGACUCUUUGUUUAUAAAAUAAAGACUAAAGCACUUUGGCUUGCAAGUAUUACUCUACCGCUGAUAUCAAUGUAAACAAAUAAUAAAUUGAUAAGCUUACCAGUUUAGGUAUUCUCAUGAUUGGUUGAAUUCUUCUGCAGCAACAAAUUUAUGCUCUUUCCAUUGCGCUGAAUAAAAUAAAGUUGGCAAUCAUUGAAGGCUAGUGCAACUGAAAUGCUUGCAGGAGCACAGACUUUAACAAGAAAUAAAUUGUCGCUUUACAUCUUUGAGACAGCACAGAUAACAAUUAUGGUGAUGAAGAAGGUUCAUAUUAGGAAAUUUCUCCUACAAUUGUUAUCAUUAAAGAACUUUGCAAAUCUAUAUGAUGAACGUUACUGACAACUUGUCUGCAUUAUAAUGUUCGAAGCCGUAGGAACAGAUCUUCACAUACUUUGGUGUGCCAAACAAGACGCUAUAUUGAAUUUAGACCCAAACGCGUAAAACGAACAGUUAAGCUCCAUUUACAGGCAUACACCCAUUAAACACACAAGAUUUCAAGCAACAUUUUGUGUGACUAUAAGUGGAGUGUUCUGUACUCUAUUGGUAUGUGUUGUUGCUUCUAGUUUUCAUAUGCCUUGCUAGGGGAGGAAGUAUCAUUAACCGUUGGUAUAAAGAUAUUACACCGCUACAGAUAUGUCUAAAAAAGGUAAAUCAUAUCCUUUUAUCUUCACUUUAACGUUUAAAAGAAAUCAGCCUGUUAAUUCUUGCGCUAAAGUAUUCGAAAUGUGAAGCGACCGGAAAACCAAGUAAUAAUUUAACAAUGUCAAUGUAGCAUAUAGUUUUGAUUCUGAAAUGUUUCACUUGCAGUAGGAGCAAAUAAAAUUAUCUUACACAUGUAUUGUUACAGAUCAAACCAGGAUGUUUUAAAUUCUAAAUUGUUAUACGUUUCUAGAGAGCUGUUGCUACUUCAAGUAGAACUACGAUUUUGUACAUUGUUUCUGCUGCACAAGGCAUCAGAUCUUUGCACUAUUUUGGACUAAAUGCUAACGAGAUGUAGUAUUUGCAGAUCCACGAAUUUAUAGGAAUUGGUUUAUCUGAUGAAUUUUUAAAGAUGAACGUCACAGAUAAGCUUUAAAUAUAAAUUUUUAGACUUGAAUAUGAAACCUCAACAAAUUGCCUUUCCAAUCUGCCACUUGGAAAAAUUUUCUCCAAGAAAAAAAUUCAUUUCGAUUUCAUUUCUCAGAUACAAGCCAUGUCAUUAGAAGCUUAGUCAUUUCUAGAUAAAUCAUUCAAAAACACUAGAAAAUUAAGUCAAUAAACGACUGCAAAACAUGAUAUCAAUAGGGUACUUUCUUACCUUGCAAAAGCCAACAGAAUAUCGAAAUGACUUUCGAGAUUCAGAGCAUACAAAGACUUCUUUCUGUCCUGUCAAGUAAAUAGAAUCUAGACUUAGCAAACUGUGAGCAUUUGACUCCUAAUGAUAUAAUAAGUACUGCAGAAUUAUUGUACUAUGACUUUUGAAGUACUAUAAAAACUUCAUUCUUAAGAUUUCUUAUAAAAAUCGAGUGAAUAGUUUUGUUAUGAAGAUGAUUUGGAUUCUAUUAAACCAAUGAACAUAACUCUUCUUUACAAUAACCCUUGCUUUACAUCAAUUGGUACAAAAUGACAACAUUGUCUCAGACAAUCCUAGAGAGGUUUCUACAUGCUCUGUAGAACGUAGAAGUCUGGCGUGCAACCUAAGCUUGUCUCAGCUCGUUGAAAGACAAUGCAGAAAAAGAAGAUUCGAAGCUUAAUAUCAGAUACAAUCUGAUAAGGGAAAUGGAAAGUGAUAUCUUUAAAACAUUCGGAACACUUACUGAAGUUAGGUCGUCUAGUGAGUCAUCGAAUUAGACAGGACUGAAUAAUUCCGAAAUAGACGAAAGUUGCUUAUCAGUCCAAAACAUAUUCUUAAGUGCAACAGCUGGAGAGUAAAAAGAGCUUUUACUUAGAAAACCCACUUAGUUCAGCGUGAGAUCAACAGAUAGUAGUCAUUAUGCUGUUAUAAUCCUUUUAACAGCGACUCUCCCUAUUCCUUUUACCUAAUUGUACUUGUUGCUUAUGUAUGUUCUGGAGUAAUUAGGAAAGCUCUAAAAUUCAUAGUAGCUACAAAAAGGCUCCAAUGAUGCUUUAAAUAAAAUAGGUCAGAAAUGACACAAUAAUGAUUAGUUAAUGACUUUUUUAACAUUGUAUGAGAAGAACCUUCUAUCCUGUUUUUUUUAAACUAAACAAAACAAAGCAAAAUCAUAAGAACUUCUUUCCCCUUGGCUCAUUAAAUUUGAUGUUGCCCAGCAGCAUCUAGCUACAAAUUCGAUCAAGCACCUAUUUCUCAAAAUUUGCCAGACAUAACUGUUAGCUCUACUCAAGGGCAGAAUAACAAGAAUCAAAUUUGCAAUGUUGUGACCACACUCUCCCUCCUGACUGAUAGUAUGAGGUGACAACACAACAUGAAUGACAGAUGACUCACAAUUAAACUAUGAGAUUAACAGGUUGAGUUCUAUAGAUGCGUUUUUCACUAUGAUAUUUUGGUGACACAGCUCUUCUUAUCUUUAGACAUUAACACUAAUACACCAAGCAACAUUUUUUAUUGUUUUAACACACAAAAAUAGGAAAAGAAGGGGCUGAACUAUAAAGCAAAUGAACUUUCUGUGGAAAAGCCAGUGGAAUUUACAACACUUUUGAUUACAAUUAACAAUGUCGAUAUAUUUAUGAAAAACAUCUCAAAUUCACUCAGAUUUGCAAAUGUUCUAAUGAUGCUUUUUCUCAAACCGCAGUCCACAAUAUCCACAUGCAUGAGGCCCGUCUUGAUCCUAGAAAACACAAUUAAAUAAAGUAAUUACUGUUUAUGAUCUGAGAAAAAAAUAUCAAAGUAGAUUAAAGUAAGUAUAGAACGUAACAUCUAAUCUUUUAUGUUUUAGACUUAAAACUUUUUGAGAACAAACAACAAAGGGAAAUUUGUCAUAGUUAAAUAUUUCAUCAGAACAGAACUCAUUAUGAGUUAUCAUUGAGUUCAUUUUGACUCAGCUUUUCACACCCAUUAAACUCAAGAAGCUUAUUAAAAAAUGAUAAACCAGAAUGAAAAGUCUGCAAGUUGAAUCAAUAAACAAAAAAGGCACCCUUAAAUAUUUUGGGUCAUUUGUUAACUGCUCUUGAAUGAAUCUACAGGUUUUGCAGCAAUUAUACUUAAUUGGCAGCAAUUCCUAAGAAGCACAAUUAAAAAUAGUAAUGAAAAAAUAGAAAAAAGUAAUGUAGACCCAAGUAACUGAUGAAAUGUACAUAAAAGUAAAAAUGAUUCAUACCAAAUUUAUGUACACUUUUGGAUGCCCCAAGGCACCUCCACCUGUAAAAAAAUCAAAAUGUUUCUAAAUAAACUUCCUAACAUCAAAAGCUAUUGGUGUUACAAAAAGAUUCAUUUUUGUUUGCUUCUAUCGAGCAUUUUUCUGGCAGUUUGGGCAGACUUGAAACAUGGUAAUGAAAGGGCUAUUGAAAAUAUAUACUUUUUUCUAUAGAUGAAAAAUUCUCAGAAUGUUACUGCAUUUCAGAAAGCAAAAAGUGAUGUGGUGGGCAUUACUCAUCAAUAUUGUUCAUAGAUUUUCAGAAAUUUCAGACAAUGGAAGAAUCUAAAAUUGAUGGGGUGGUAAAUGGCAAAAAACUUUAUGUUGUCAUAGCUUUUGAUCAAAAUAUCAAUUCAAACAAACAUCACAUUGAAGUUUUUCAAUAUUGCAUGACACAACAGAGCCUUAGUAUUUGAGAGUAAGGGGUUUUUAUUGGCUACAUCUAAAAGAACAUUAGAUAAUGAAUCUUGCUAGGACUACAGUUCUAUACUUUUCCUUAAUUUUUUCUUAAUUUGGUAUAAUUAAAGCUAGUAUCUCCUAACAAUCAUAGGUCUUCAUAAUUUAAGCAGCCCAUGAUACUGCAAUCAUUAUCCUUAAAUUUUUACUCAAAAUUUAAUUACUGGCAAAAUAGAACCAAAGAAUAAGAAAAUUAUAUCCUUUAC